AUGUCUAACCCAUUCGACUUGCUAGGUAACGACGUUGAGGACGCCACUAUCGUGGCUCCUCUUCCUCCAAAGGAGAUCGUCAAGCACACUACUUCUUCCAAGAAGUCAGAUGUCCCUCCUCCAUCUGCUGACCCAUCCAGAGCCAACAAGAACAGACCCAAGCCAACCGGCAACGAAGCUGCCUUGAAGGACAGAAACGGUGGCAGAAAGAACAACAAAGCCAGAGAUGCUCCAGCUGAGACCACCGACGCCAAGAAGACCAGUCACGCCGCCAGAAGAGCCACUGACCGUCAAUCCAGAUCCGGUAAGGUCGACACCGAUAAGAAAGUCAGACAAGGCUGGGGUGACAACAAGAAGGAAGUGAGCGAUGAAGCCGCUGCCGAAGCCGAUGCCGCCGCUGAGAUUGAAGCCGACAAGGCUACCGAAGAGACUCCAGUCUCUAACAAGAAAUCUUUGCAAGACUACUUGAACGAAAACAACAGCAGCGAGUUCAACAAGGCCCCAUCCGCCAAGAAGGUCGACCAAUUGGAAAACGCUGAAUUGUUGGUCAAGAAGGAAGAAGUCUACGCCGAGCCAACCAAGGUCAAGAACUUGAAGUCCAAGCAAUUGAAGUCCAAGCAAUACCUAGACUUUGACGUUUCUUUCGCCGACGACCAAUCCGCUGCCAAGCCAAGAAAGUUUGACAACAACAAGGGUGGUCCAAAACGUGGCGGUAAGCCAAAGGCCUCCAAGAACGCCGGUGAACAAAAGCCAGCUGUUAACGCCAAGAACUUCCCUUCUUUGGCUUAA